AUGUCUUUUAUUAUAAAAUAUGUUUACGUUGUGGCACUCGCGACAAUACUAAUAUUUCUUAUUACUGUUUAUUUCGCUGAAAACUUCAAAGUUGGACGAAACUUUUUAGAUUCUUCCCCAGUAACACCUCCCGGGUCAAAAUACGCUUCCCUGGACGCGUGUACAUUCAAUUCCAGAAGAACAGGUAACUUGAUGUUUGCACUGGCUGGUCUGCUGUUUGUAGCACAGAACACCCGGCGAAAUCCAAUUCUACCCACAAACAUACCUUACGGAUGGAUGGAUGAUUAUUUUAACACUUCAUCUAUUCAACGUCUCCCAAAUGAAUUUGUCUACGAUGCGAAUAAAACCGUCGUUCUGAAAGAAAGAUUUGGUCCAUUUGUUUACGAUCCAAUUUUCGAAAAUCCUCACAAAAAUUCUACAGUGGAAAGUAAAGAAAUAAUUCUUCUAUGCGGUUAUUUUCAAAAUUAUAAGUAUGUUGAAAAAAUUGAUAAGAAACUGAAAAUGAUUUUCACGUUCUACAAUGAAACUCAGUCGAAAGUACAAAACUUCAUUGAUCAUCAUAAAAAAACAAGCGCUAAAAACCGCUCGAAUGUAGCAACCGUUGGCAUUCAUAUAAGGAGAGGUGAUUUUUUGAUUAAGUUUCAUCGAAAUAGAGGGUUUGCAGUUGUGGAUGAAAAUUUCAUAAAUUCAACAGUAAAUUAUUUUUACAAAUUGUGGACGGCAAAAAAUGUAGAAUUUAUUUUAUAUUUUAUUGCAAGUGAGGAUGAAGCCUGGGUAAAUUCAGUUGUUAAAAAAUUAAACUUUGCUAGGGCGCUAAACAAAGCCGCAUUCGUUUUUUCAACUUCGAAUGGAGGCCCUUUUGACAUGUGUCUCAUCUCAAUGUGUGACGGUGUCAUCACGUCAUCAGGCUCGUUUUCAUGGUGGGCUGGCUGGCUGGCCAACACUACAACCAUUUAUUUUACUGGCUACCCGAGGAAAGGGUCUGCUCUGGGUGAAGGUUUUGACAGGAAGACGUAUCAAAAACCUGACUGGAUAGGAUUUCCUCCAGAAAUUUAA